GCCUCUGUUCCUCUCUCUGGGUCUCCCACUCUCUCUUUCUCAGUCUAUUUCCCACCACUACCCGUUCUUCCGUUAGCACCUUCUCUGGGUUUCUGUCUCUUCCCUGGCGGGUUGUCUCUUUAUUCCUCUUUGAUUCUGUGUUCCACUCUUCCUGGAUCCUGUUCCUCUCUCCCUUUCUGGGUUCUUAGGCACCCUCACCACGCCUCCCCCAACCUGCUGCUGUAUCCUGCAAGGACCCUCAGAAGGCACUCUUCUCCGCCUUCCUAGCCAAAAUUCUCUACCCCCGUCAGGAAUGGGAUGGGACUUCUUGGGGGUUUCCUCUCCCCAGCCUGGCUCCCUUUCUCUGUACCUGUGUCUCUCAAGUCCUGAGCUGGAUUUGAGAACCAAGCAAGGUGCACCCGGGGUUUGGGGCCUCCCUUUCCACCCAUCCCCUCCAACGUGCGCCUAUGGAGGAGGACGUUGCCUUUCAAGUUCUCCCUUUGUUACAACUUCUGCAGGCCCCUCCUCGGUUCUUUUCUUCCUCUGAGGCCCCCUCUCGUCGCUCCUUUCGCCCUCCCCUUCCACUCCUGCAGUUCGGCUCCGGGAUCCGCAGCCUGGCGUCCCAGUGCACACCAUGCCGGCCCUGCUGCUGCUCGGGACCGUCGCCCUGCUGGUCUCCGCCUCGGGCCCGGCGGGAGCCCGCCCAUCCAAUGACACGGGCGCGGGGGCCCCAGGCCCGCUGCCGGCGCUACUCGCGCACCUGCGGCGCCUGACCGGGGCUCUGGCGGCUGGCGGGAGCGCGGUGGGCACCGGCGCCAACGCCACCAAGACCAGUCCCACCGGUGGCGCGGGCGCAGCGGCACGGGCGCCUCCUCCGGCCGAGCUCUGCCAUGGCUACUACGAUGUCAUGGGCCAGUACGACGCCACCUUCAACUGCAGCACCGGCUCCUACCGCUUCUGCUGCGGAACGUGCCACUACCGUUUCUGCUGCGAGCACCGCCACAUGCGUCUGGCGCAGGCCUCUUGCUCCAACUACGACACGCCACGCUGGGCCACCACGCCCCCGCCGCUGGCCGGAGGCGCCGGGGGCGCUGGGGGUGCGGGCGGGGGACCAGGGCCAGGCCAGGCAGGGUGGCUGGAAGGGGGUCGGGCUGGGGGCGUUGGGGGACGCGGGGGCGAGGGCCCGGGGGGCAGCACGGCCUACGUGGUGUGCGGAGUCAUCAGCUUCGCCCUGGCAGUGGGCGUCGGUGCCAAAGUGGCCUUCAGCAAGGCAUCGCGUGCGCCCAGGGCGCCCCGGGAGAUCAAUGUACCCAGAGCUCUGGUGGACAUUCUGAGGCAUCAAGCAGGACCUGCCACCCGCCCAGACCGGGCCCGAAGCAGUUCUCUGACCCCAGGGCUAGGGGGCCCUGAGAGCAUGCCUCCCAGGACACCCAAGAACCUUUACAAUACCAUGAAGCCCUCCAACCUAGAUAACCUGCACUACAACGUCAACAGCCCCAAGCACCGUGCUGCCACACUGGACUGGCGUGCCAUGCCACCACCCAGCCCCUCCCUGCACUACUCCACGCUGUCCUGCUCCCGAUCCUUCCACAACCUCUCUCAUCUUCCCCCCUCCUACGAGGCCGCUGUGAAAUCAGAACUGAAUCGAUACUCUUCCCUCAAGAGACUGGCUGAGAAAGAUCUGGAUGAAGCCUACCUGAAGCGCAGACAUCUGGAGAUGCCUCGAGGGACACUGCCCUUGCAUGCACUCCGGAGGCCAGGCACUGGAGGUGGCUACCGCAUGGAUGGCUGGGGUGGUCCCGAGGAGCUGGGCCUGGCACCAGCACCCAACCCUCGGCGGGUUAUGUCCCAGGAGCACCUGCUGGGUGAUGGCGGUCGAGCUUCCCGCUAUGAGUUCACGUUGCCUCGAGCUCGCCUGGUAUCUCAGGAACACCUGCUGCUCUCCUCACCGGAUGCCCUUCGCCAGAGUCGAGAGCACCUGCUGUCACCCCCACGAAGUCCCGCACUCCCCCCAGAUCCUACCACCCGGGCCAGCCUGGCAGCUUCACACUCCAACCUACUGCUGGGGCCUGGGGGUCCUCCCACACCACUGCAUGGGUUGCCUCCAUCAGGCCUGCAUGCCCACCAUCACCAUGCCCUUCACGGCUCUCCUCAGCCAGCUUGGAUGUCCGAUGCGGGUGGGGGUGGGGGCACAUUGGCCCGAAGGCCACCCUUCCAGCGCCAGGGCACCCUGGAGCAGCUGCAGUUUAUUCCUGGCCACCACUUGCCCCAGCACCUGCGCACUGCCAGUAAGAAUGAAGUGACUGUCUGAGGCCGGGUUGGAGAGCCGGGGUUGUGGCUUCUGAGGCCCCCUCCUCCCAGGCCAGAUCUCCAUCACAGGCUUAUCGUACACACCAAGGGUCUGAGACCAGAUGGGCCCUUGGACUGGAGACCAUGCCUCCUUUUGGGAUGUCAUAGUAGAUGAGAUCUCUCCUCCAACUUUGUCACUGUUUGAACCAAGGCUUCCUUCCCAUGAUGUCAUUCCAGAGGAAGAGGCCUAUACAUGAGGUCAUCGCUAGCAAAUAUGUCUGUGUUCUAUGAUGUCGUUGCAGGGACUAAGCCUCCUUCUUAUGAGGUCACCACAGAGGAAGAGGUCAUCAUUAAAGGCUGUGUCCAUUUUGCAUGACAUCACCACAGAGACUCCAUUCCUGUGAUGUCACCACAGGCAAUGCCUUGUCUCAUCCCAUCAUCUCUAGAAACAAAUAUUUCUUCCUACAAUGUCAUUACAGAGACAAAUCUCAUACUUCUCAAAACUUCUUGAUAUCAUCCGAAGCCUCUAGCAAUUGUUAUCACAGGAAAGAUGUUUCUCUACCAAGGAGAAGAUGCCUCCAUUCCAUGAUGCCACCACUACAGACAAAGCCAUUUUCCUGGGACACAUUGAAGGGGACCAUGCCCUCACUAAAGUGUCCUCACUAAAGAUUAGGCCUCCUUUCCACAAUGCUGUCACAGGAUUCUGCCUCCCUCCUGUGAUGCCAUCACCAGAAUAGGUGCCUUGCCCGAUGGCGCCAUCACAGGGACCGUGCCUCUUCAUAUGAUGUCAUUACCAGAAAUGACCACCUAUUCCUGGAACUGCUCCAGGAAGAGGUCCUUCUGUGGCAUGACCACCAGUUAUCACCCACUUGGAAAUGACACCAGGAAGACACCUCUAUUGCUGUGCCAUGCCAUGAGAAAGUUGUACAUGUCCAGCCUAAGACCACCUAGGAAGAUGCCAGAGAAAGUAGCCUGUCCUGAGAUGUAAUAUGAGGGGUGUCAGCACUGGGGAUGCCAAGACAGUGAUCUGUAUGCAGGAAGCUGGUGGUGACAGCCUCCAUUGCCUGGACAUCAUCAUAGAGUUUUCUUCUCAGAGGUGGUCAUCACUCCAAAUGACCAAUGGUAGUAAUUACAUCGUCAGAGUUCUUAUCUUGCUUCCCUAUAACUAAGCUCCAUGGUUUCUUCCCAUGACCCCAGGGAUAUGGCCAACAGGAUGUCUACUAGCCUCUCUACAGGAAGGUUGGACCUGUGCAGUGAGUCCUUGGGGAUGGCACCCAUGGAUGAGCUUCAGCUCCCAGGAUGCCACUUUGAUCCAUGAGGCUUCUAAAAUCCUGGGAAUCAUAGAUGGGUCAAAGGCUGGCAUCACUUCUUUCUGCCAUAUCUAAAGAAAUCAAUUCUGCCAACAGAAUUCCCAUCUCUCUUUGAGGGGAAGGGUGGGGUAUAUGUGCUGCUGACCUUGCCAAUGACAUUGGCAAUGCCACCCAGUGUCCUUUCAUAAUAGCACAGCUAUAUAGUCCAGUGUUAACUAUGUCAUUUCCCAGGAUUCCAUAAGACCUCAACUACUAUAUCAUCAUCUUCCAGGAAUUAUCACCACUAACGGCGUCAUCAUUGUCUCCUAACAGUCUUCACAAACAUUGUAUCAUUAUCUCCUAGGAUCCAUGUUGUCAUCACUAUCUCCCAUGAUCUACUGCAACAUGUUGUCAUUGUGUGCCAGGAUCCAUCACAGAUAUGUUCUCAUCACUUCCCCCCAUCCUUCACAGCAUGCUCACCUCAUCUUUAAGGAUCUAUCACAGCCAUGCUGGUUUCAUGAUAUCCCAGCAAUCACCACCAUGCUAUGCUCAUCAUCUCCCAGGAUCCAUCAGAACCAUGCUGUCCUCAUCUCUCAGGAGCCACUACUAGCAUGGUGUCCUUGGCUCCCCGGCUGUACCAUGACUGAUGAUGUCCUUACCUUCCAAAGUCCAUUAUGCCUCAUUGUGGCACUCUCUACCAGGACUUAUUAGGAAUGAACGUGCCACUAUUUCUUAUAAUUCCUUAUAAUUGCAAUGUUACCUCCCAGGAUCCACUUUAACCAUGUUUUUGUGGUGGCUAUGUCAGUGGCCACCAUAGCUAUGAUGUCACCAUUUCAUAAAAUCCACUCCAGUUGUGGUGUCCUUGGAUUCAUGAAACCAUGUAUCAUCACGUCCCAGGAUCCAUCUAAUAGUGUCACAAUUAUCAUAUACAAGAACCCAUGAGAGCCACGGUGUUAUCUCCUCCCAGGACCACUUCAAUCAUGCCCCAUUAUGAUUCAUCAGGAUUUACUGUAACCAUGGUGUCAUUGCCUCCAAGCAGCCAUACUAGCCAAUGGUGUCUUCAUGCCCCAGGACCCACUUUAACCCCAGUGUCUCUAUGACCUAGGAUCCCUGAGAUCCAGUGAUAGCAUCCCUGGAGUCUACCAUAACUGCGGUUGCCAUCACUUCCCUGGAUCCAUGACAACAAAUAAUGUCAUCAUUUCCCAGAGUUCACUUCAGCCAUGGUGCCAUUGCCUCCCAGAAUCCAUGUAAAACCAUGUGUCACCACCACCCAGGAUCUAGAACAAUGUGUCCUCAUCUUCCAGGACCCAUGGCAAUUGUCUACCAUCUGCCAGAAUCCACCAUCUUAGGAUCCAAAUGCUGUGACAGGCUACAUUUUAAUUGUCCUCUGGGGUCUCAUGGCAUUUACAGUUCCUCCCUUCAGGGGAACCAGCACAACAGGCCAUUUCCCAUUCCCUCCAAAGGACUAGGGUGGAGCCAGCUGUCUCCCUCUGAUAAUGUCACCCCUAUUCUGGCCCUUCUUGUUUAUGUCACUGCCUCACUCCUGAUCUCAUAGAUACCUGGAUCAGCUUCACCUACAGACUUGGCUUUGGCCAGCCUCCUUCUGCCCAAUGGUGAGUGCAUCCAAACUCUUCUUGUAUUGCCACUGUCCCUCACCCAGCCAUCUGAUCGGUGACAGGGUCAACUCAGUGACCUCUGCACAGCAGCAGUAGAGGUGGGGCUUCCCAGCCCUUGGAUGACAUCACUGCCCUACCCCACUCAAUCCCUGUUGCCUGGACUCCACCAGGAUCAGAACUCGCUAGCUUGGACCAAACUCUCUUUAGAGAACCUUGGCCUAUAGGAAGAUGCCACGGCUGAUAAACCACUUGCUGGCCUGUUCCUGGGAUGGGUGUACCUGAGAGCAUUGACCCCUGCUUCCUUCACCUGAAAAGGCAAGGGUGCUCCUUCAUCCCUUUCCCUAACAUACCAGGGAGUACCCAGGGGCUUCAGGGAGUCCCUAACACCCAGUGCACAAUCUAACCCCAACACACCCACUUCUCUGUAUAUAUAUAUAUAUAUAUAUAUAUAUAUAUAUAUAUAUAUAUAUCCAUGUUUCAAGGGGCGGCCAUUCCCCACUCUCAAAGGGCUACAUGCCCCCCUCCCAACCCCCAAGGUGAGGAGGGGGGCUCUUCUCCCUCCUCUGGGCCGCCCUCUCCCUCUUAUACCUCCCUCCCAAACCAAAUAUUGGCCUCUGUGCUCAUCCCUUCUUGCCAAGAGCCUAGAUGGGAUGGAUGGUGCCGGGCUCUCACCGUGCUGAAGGAAGUAGGAGGUUGCCACCAAUCCUCCUCAACUUCAGUGCCAGGUUUUCAGUCUCCUAACUAAUAGAUGCUCCAUCCCCAUCCAUUCUAGGGCCUCCCUUCAAGCAAGCUUAACACCCCCCACAGAACACAGCUUCCUUCAGCCCCCAGAACUGGAGGGAUUCAGGAGCUUUCAGCUUUUAUUUGCCCCAUUUUCUCUCUCCCUCCCUCCCUUCCCUCCACCCUAGCCUUGAGUCCUUCCUGGGAUCUGCCCUCCCCACAGCCUCCACCCUCUAUUCACCUGCCUUACCCUGAAGCCUUGACCUCUUGUCUCAAUAAAGCCAUAGUGGGGAGAGGUCUUGAGGGUAGUCUAGCAGGCCCUGUUCUGCUCAUCCCCCACCAUCACCACGACGUUUCCAGACCUAGCUUUCUGAGUCUUUCCCCACCCCUCCCUGCUCCCCAGUAAACACACAAACAGACAUGGGCAGGACAUGCAUUGCCAUACAGGAAAACAUGCUCCCUUCUGGUUGGGGGCUGCAGAGAGGGUGUCAGAGGCAAGAUCAAAAGUGCCACAUCAGAGGCCCCUGCAUACCUCUGAAUCCCAUUCUUACUCCCCUCCCCACUCUUCCUUCCAGUGCUGGAUCCACCUUCAACUUCCUGGUGAGGAUAGCAAGAAGAUCUGGCACUUGGUGGCAGUGGUGGUGGUGGGGUGAUAUUGUUUUCUGUUUUGGAAUAAACAGCUGUUUUUCCUGA